ACCGCGCCGCCGCCCUCUGCGCGCCCGGCCCGCCCGCUGCCGCGCGCCCGCGGCCGGCGCAGCCCCAGGCCGCCGAGGGACGGCGGGGCCGGCGCCAUGGCCGAGCGGGGCCGCCUCGGCCUCCCCGGCGCGCCCGGCGCGCUCAACACGCCGGUGCCCAUGAACCUGUUCGCCACCUGGGAGGUGGACGGCUCCAGCCCCAGCUGCGUGCCCAGGUUGUGCAGCCUGACCCUGAAGAAGCUGGCAGUCCUCAGGGAGCUGGAGAAGGAGCUGGCCUCAGUGGUGAUCGCAGUCAAGAUGCAGGGCUCCAAACGGGUCCUCCGGUCUCAUGAGAUUGUGCUGCCCCCCAGUGGACAGGUGGAAACCGAUCUGGCCUUGACCUUCUCUUUGCAGUACCCACAUUUCCUGAAGAGAGAAGGCAACAAGCUUCAGAUCAUGCUGCAGCGCAGAAAACGCUAUAAAAACCGCACCAUCCUGGGCUACAAAACCCUGGCUGCAGGUUCCGUCAACAUGGCUGAGGUGAUGCAGCACCCCUCCGAGGGCGGCCAGGUGCUGAGCCUCUGUAGCAACAUCAAGGAGGCCUCCGUCAAGGUGGCCGAGAUCUGGAUCGUCUCCCUGUCCAGCCAGCCCAUUGACCACGAGGACAGCGCCAUGCAGGCCGGGCCCAAGGCCAAGGCCGCGGACAACGACUCCGAGGAGGAGUAUGAGAGCUUUUCCUCGGAGCAGGAAGCCAGUGACGACGCUGUACAAGGGCAGGACCUGGACGAGGAUGACUUUGAUGUGGGAAAGCCCAAGAAGCAGCGGCGAUCGAUAGUAAGAACGACGUCCAUGACCAGGCAACAGAACUUCAAGCAGAAGGUGGUGGCGCUGCUGCGGAGGUUCAGAGUGUCUGAGGAGGUCCUGGACUCAGAGCAGGACCCUGCGGAACACGUCCCUGAGGUGGAGGAGGACCUGGACCUUCUGUACGACACGCUGGACAUGGAGAACCCCAGUGACAGCGGCCCUGACAUGGAGGAGGAUGAUAGCGUCCUCAGCACCCCUAAGCCCAAGCUCAGGCCGUACUUCGAAGGUCUGUCACACUCCAGUUCACAGACGGAGAUCGGGAGCAUCCACAGUGUCCGGAGCCAGAAGGAGCCUCCAAGCCCGGCUGAUGUGCCGGAGAAGACGCGGUCCCUAGGAGGCAAACAGCCAAGUGACAGUGUUUCUGACACAGUGGCUCUUCAGAAUGCACCAGCCCCACGGGAGCCAUCAGGGCAGCCUGAGGACAGCCCCGAGGCUGAGACCUCCGCCCUGGACGUCUUCACUGAGAAGCUGCCGCCCAGCGGGAGGAUCACCAAAACAGAGUCGCUGGUCAUCCCCUCCACCAGCAGGUCCGAGGUGAAGCCAGCUGGCCGCCGGGGCCGGAGCACAUCCCUGAAGGAGAGACAGCCAGCACGGCCACAGAACGAGCGGGCCAACAGCCUGGACAGUGAGCGCUGCCCAGACACACGGAGCCAGCUGCAGAUCCCCAGGAAGACCGUGUAUGACCAGCUGAACCACAUCCUCAUCUCUGAUGACCGGCUCCCGGAGAACAUCAUUCUCGUCAACACCUCUGAUUGGCAGGGGCAGUUCCUGUCAGACGUGCUGCAGAGGCACACGCUCCCCGUGGUGUGCACGUGCUCCGCGGCCGACGUCCAGGCUGCCUUCAGCACCAUCGUCUCUCGGAUUCAGAGAUACUGCAACUGCAAUCCCCAGCCCCCGCCCCCCGUGAAGAUCGCCGUGGCGGGAGCGCAGCAGUACCUCAGCGCCAUCCUGCGGCUCUUCGUGGACCAGCUGUCCCACAAGACGCCCGACUGGCUUGGCUACAUGCGCUUCCUCAUCAUCCCGCUGGGUUCCCACCCUGUGGCCAGGUACCUGGGCUCCGUGGACUACCGCUACCACAACUUCUUCCAGGACCUGGCCUGGAGAGACCUGUUCAACAAGCUGGAGGCCCAGAGUGCUGUGCAGGACACGCCAGACAUCGUAUCCCGCGUCACCCAGUACAUCGCGGGGGCCAACUGCGCCCACCAGCUCCCUAUCGCGGAGGCCAUGCUGACCUACAAGCAGAAGAGGAAAAGGCACUUUCACUUUGACUUCACCCUGAGCCCUGAUGAAGAAUCCUCACAGAGGUUCAUUCCCUUUGUUGGGGUUGUGAAGGUCGGGGUUGUGGACCCAUCCUCCGCCACAUCAGGUGACUCUGACGACGCAGCGCCCUCAGGCUCCAGUGUGCUCCCUUCCACCCCACCCUCUGUGUCCACGUCUCCUGCGGCCAAGGAGGCCUCGCCCACCCCGCCGUCCUCCCCGUCAGUGAGCGGAGGCCUGUCCUCCCCCAGCCAGGGCGUUGGCGCUGAGCUCAUGGGGCUACAGGUGGACUACUGGACGGCAGCACAGCCCACAGACAGGAAGAGGGACGCCGAGAAGAAGGACCUGCCCACCACCAAAAACACGCUCAAGUGCACUUUCCGGUCCCUCCAGGUCAGCAGGCUGCCCAGCAGUGGUGAGGCCGCAGCCACACCCACCAUGUCCAUGACUGUGGUCACCAAGGAGAAGAACAAGAAGGUGAUGUUUUUGCCCAAGAAAACAAAGGACAAGGACGUGGAGUCCAAAAGCCAGUGCAUCGAGGGGAUCAGCCGCCUGAUCUGCACAGCCAGGCACCAGCAGAACAUGCUGCGGGUACUCAUCGAUGGCGUGGAGUGCAGCGAUGUCAAGUUCUUCCAGCUGGCUGCUCAGUGGUCCUCCCAUGUGAAGCACUUCCCCAUCUGCAUCUUCGGACACUCCAAGGCCACCUUCUAGCCCUGCCCACCCACCAAGGGGAUGGUGUGGGACACGAGGGGCCUACCUGCUGUCCCCUGGUGGCCACUGCGGGAGGGGCAGCUGCAUUUCUGUUAACAUUUCAGUUUACCACAGAGACAGACUGUCAAAAACACAAACCAUCUUAAGUAUGAGUGUGCUCACAGCCUGAAAACUAAGGGGCAGCUCCUUGCUGGGUGCCAAGUAACUGCCGUGCUUAUUAACCAGAAUGUCUGGAGCAGGGAGGCUGGGAAGGGGAGGGCAGCACGCAGGGGCUCAGGAGCCACCCAGGGCCCACAAACAAGAAGGGUUCUUGCCUUCUUGUCCUCUCCUUCCUGGAAGGCAGGACUCCGCUUCCACAGGGAGCCCAGGGCAGGCACAGGCCUCGGAGCUUGGUGACCAGAGGCCAAGGGUCACAGGCAUGCUCAGACUCCUGGGGGGUGUCACCCCCAGCACCACUCGUGCAUAGCUCCCAAUAAACUCCAGCCUCGCAGGGGAGAUCCUUCUAAUGCUCUCAAAUACAUGUGACGACAUAGCUGCCAAACAGAUGUUGCUCUCAUGAAGUCCCCUUGGGGCUCUGCAGAGCCACAGGUCCUGCCCACCCCUCACCCCUUCUGGUCCUCAGCUAUUCCCAAGAUACUGCUAGGCUUCUGCGUGUUGUGCUGUCCCAGAUUGAGCCUUGGUCCCUGCAAAUGUCCUAGUGUCCAGCCUGGGAAAUGGUGAGCUGUGGCUGGGGUUGGUCUGAGGUUGAAGCCAAGUGCCCAGGCACUAGCCUGCUACCACACCCUUCCACCCCUACUCUGCCUGCUGGCCUAGAGUGUCCAGAACUGGCCAUGUGGGUAUCUGGGUUGAGAUUCAGGAUCGUGGUGAACUGGGGGACAGGUGGCACCUGCAGCAGCAAAGUGACCAUCGUAGGCUCUAGUGGGCCAGCCUGAUCACAGGUCACUGCAGGGGUCAUGCACCCGCUUCAGGGCUGUGCACCUCCAGGCCAUGCUCCUUGGAGCAGCAUGUUGUAUUUGGGCCUCAUCCUGGAUGGCAACGCUGCUUUCUGCCUUCCCUUGCAGCAGAAUAGUGGUGUGCUGACAGGCAACCAGGGUCACCCAUCUGACUACCUGCUCCACAGACCAACAGGGAACCUUGCAGGCUGCACAGGAAGAGCCCACCUACUCCAUUCCCUUGGAAGCUGUGGCAUUCCCAGGGACACUGGUGCCCCAAGAACAAGAGCUGCAAUAGGCUCUGUUCAGAAAACAGUGCCAAAUGCAGGACUCACCUUCCUUGGGGUGAGAAUGGCCUAUUUUUCUUACCUGUGAGCUACCUGUUUACCAGCCCCUCUCCCGGGGACUGAACAGUGUCCAUUUGUCCAGAGUAAGGGCCAUGGGGCUAAUGAUAGAACCUGUGUUUGGCCCCUGGGUACAUGGCUCAGAGUUGGCCUGUGGGCAGAAUGCCCUGCAGGGACUGCCCCAGAGAGCACCCUGCUGCAGUGUACAGGGCUGUCACUUCAAAAGUCCAUCCACAUUCUUUCCCAAAGGUCACUCUUGGUAGAAGAGAUGACUUAAACUUUCUGUCCUGGAGACCACAGGGGCUGUGCAGUUUGCCUGGCUGUGGGCAGCUCUUUCCUAGGGAAAACCUCCCCAGGGUACUCUUGCCCAUGUGGCUCUGAGGCUCCACCCUGCAGGGCAGAGCCUUUUCAGCAGCUGUCCCUGGGUCCAGCACCCAUGUCACCACCACCACGUGGGCCCUGUGCCAGGAAGAAACAAAUGGAGACCUGGACUGCAUGCGCCACCUGCCUCAGUUUCCGUUGGUUAAAGAGAAUGGUCACAUUUCCCCUGCCUACCUCAUGGAGCUGUUAUGGGAUUUCAAGGAAAAGCACUUUGUCCCCUUGAAGGACCACCAGAAGCCAAAUCCGUCUUCAGCCAGUGUGGCCAUGAGGGCAGUGCAGAGUGUGCGUGAGAAGUGUGCGUUCUCAGGCCUCACCCCAAGUGCACCCCGAGGGAUUUCUCAGCCCCACCAGUCUCCGAGGCUAAGCCACUAGUCCCUGUCAGGCUCCUGGGCGGGGCCGUCGCUGGCUGAGGUGUGGGCAGGCUCCACCUUUAUCCCUGAAGGUGGGGACCUGACCCCUCCCCUCCGGGUUGGUCACCUUGCCCCUGUCUCCUCUGGGCACGCAGGCCAGGGUCCUCGGUCAGCAGCUGGGUCAGAGCUGGACGCGAGGUGGGGGGUGGUGGGGCUCUGUGCAGGGUUGGAGGCCUUGCCGGAUGAAGACCUGGCCAUCUCUGGCUUGCGUCCCCAAAUGACUUCCUCUUGAAAACGUCCGUGCCACCUCCUCCAGAGCCAGGCCGUCGGACUCUACAGGCUCCCAACCCUCCCCGGCCUGUGCGGGCCUGGUGGGGCCAGCGAGCCGAGGACUGGGCUGGUGGGCGCUGCCGCCGGUUUCUACAGAUCCCGUCCUGUUCGUUGUGACUGGUUUCUACAGUGUUUGUGUUGCUAGUUUUCCUUUUUAAUGGGAAGCAAAAUUAAUGUAAAUAGCUUUUCGAGGAGCAAAUGCUAACCUGUCCCAUGUGACCAUGAGGACGACUUUAAGGUGCUGAAGCGACACUAAUAAACUGAGGGCACUGCGGCCGCCCAA